CAGUUUCCAAACAAAAACAUCGUGAUUAGGAACCAUGAAGGCCGAGGAGAGAAUAGUCUCAUUUUCUCUAUCUGAGAAUACCAUGUAAAUGUUCUCUCUUGGUGCUGCUAGGGCAGCUUAGGCUCUUUGGAAAUUUUUGACGCGAUUGAAUAUUAUGGGAGCGAAGCAAUCCAGCCACAAUGGGCGAACAAACGCACGCAACGUCGGCAACGGAGCUGUUGCGACCGCCGGCUUACCAGAGACUUCAAGGGUUGUUGCGCUGGAUCCGAGAAUACGAACUCGUUCAUUAAACAAUGUUGGACAUUCUUUAUCGAUUCCUGGCCAUUCGGCUUCCUUUCAGGAGUCUGAUUUGUCUUCUUCGCCAGAGGAUAACUCUCCGUCCCCGCGAGGACUUGCCCUGCAGGGAGCGCACUCGCUCCCUUCGCAUUUGUUCGCUUACACUACGUUUUUAAACGGUAAGAUCAAAUAUAUUGUCCUUUCCUCCGGGAUUGGCUAGUAUUUAACCAAAUGCGAUAAUCAGUCGGGUAGUUGGGUGAAGUGAGACUAUUUACUUACAGGUUAAAGCCUAAUCUUGUCGUUUUGACGAUUCGUGCAGUUUGAACGCGACCAUAUUUUGUGAUUAAAUUUUCUUUGUAGGGGUGAAAUGUCCCGUCUGCUCGAAAGUAAUUUUGGCUGAAGAUAUUGAGCUUCAUUUGGUAAUUUGCCUCACCAAGCCUCGAAUUACGUACAACGGUAAGUUUUUAAUGAAUUCUGAUUCGUCUGAUCUCAAACAUGUUAAAAACUGCGUUCAUAAAGUUAACUCUUGUCCGGCACGGGAACCUUGGAUCAAUUUGUUGUCUCAUACUGUCAGCUGAAAUCUCUUUGCUACUUCAGAAUUCUAAUUUGUGGGUUCGGACGGAAGAAUAGUUCAUACAGUAUUUCUAUAUUCCACAUGAACCUUGGCAAUAAAUAUUUCUUUUUAGAAACAAACAAAGAAUUUUUGUCCGAAUUUGAAAAGAAUUCGUCUUUUUCUUUGUAUAUUCAAUUUGAUACAGUUCAAACUCGAUGAUGACAUAACGAUGGUUUCUGGAUUGCACGAUUAUUUAAACUAUCCAUCUUUCUCGGUCAGCACGGUCAUUGAAGAGGCUUGUCCAUAAAAAUAUGAGAAUUGUUCCUAUUUUCAACGCAGGUGAAUUCAUUUAUGCUGGGCGAUCGUUGAUGAGUUUUGUCAAUUUUUUGUCAUUUUUGUGUUAUAGUAUAAUAUGGAACCUUCCAGCGAGUGGUAAAAUCAUUCAAAUUUUUCCCACAACCAAAGAAAUAUGAAAAGUGAUAUUGUAACGUAUGUAACUUUCGUUGUUUGGUACAGGUUUAACUUUUAUGGCUAUUUUUCUUAGUGUAAAUUUUCCUACGGCACACAUUCUAUUUUGAUCACUUCAUUAACAUAUUGAUGAAGCCAAUCGCGUUUCAUUUUUUCCUAAUUGCAAAAUUUACACUCUCUAAAAUUAUUGAUUUAUUCACAAAAUCUCCUAUUCUCGAUAUUUCGAUUUUACUUUGUGAAUUUGUAAUUUUGCAAUAUUUUAUUAUAUUCCUGAACAUACACGAAAUAGCUUGUUACUCAGCGUCAGUACAUGUUCUAUUUUUUUUCCUUUGAUCAAAUGGCUGUGUUUUGGAAGUUUUACUCGCUGCACCAAAAUCUGAUUCAUGUCCUGAAUUUGUGGCAGUGCAAUUUUAUAGAUAACAAUUGUCAAAGGUGCACUUCAAGACAUUUCUUUUUUUAUAUCUUUUUUCCAAUUUUUUUUAUCUUUAAAGCUCUUUACAUGAUAGACAGUCCAGUUAAAUGAGCUAUUAAAAGUUUUCUGAGAUAACGUCAUGCAAAAAUAGUCUGCUUGGGCAUGUGUGCACAUGAAGUUGUAUGUUGCAAUAACUGAUAUAAGAGUAACCUUUGAAUCAAGAAUUGAGCCAUGAAAUGUUAUCCUUUGUCAGACUAAGAUAAAACCCAUUUCCUACAGUCAUAAUAGAAGUGGAUUCAUACUGAUAGCUCUGGUUUGUUUGGGUUACUGAAAAUUACUGGGAAAUGCAGUAGCAGGAGAUUGGUCCAAAGAACAAGAGAACUUUCUCCAAAUCUGAACAAACAGUAGCUGAAACUGUUGAUAUGUUGUCAAAAAAUUUUGUGACCUCACUGGAGAAUUCUCUGCCCCCAGAUAAUUACCAAACACCAAGUAAAGUUAUACAAGUCACAUUCAAAGCCUGUCCCUUCGUAAAUGGAUGUUUAUAUUGAUUAUGCUGAUAGGUGUCGAACCAGACAAUGCAGUAAUAUGUCCACAUCACAAAUUAGCUACAGUAGAAUUUGCUACUCAAACUACUCACUGAGAUGAAAAACUACUAAAGAUAAAGGGUAGUUUGCAUUAGCUUGUUGCCUAUGUCUUAAAUUUUUUCACAUUAAAUGGUAUCAGUCUUGAUUCUACAGAAAUCGUGUACUAAGCUUGGGUUAGCAAAAUUCCAUUGUAUCUUACAUUAUUAGGAUCAUGUGAGUUUAAAAGAGUAAACCGGUCUUUUAUAGAUUUUCUGAAAAAAAUAAUCUUCCCAAAUGACUUGGUAGUGAAAACUUUGGUUUCCAGCAUUUAAUUCCUGUUCUGCUUUGGAAAUCCUCCAUCUUAUUUACUUUUCAGUAUAAAGGUUUGUGUGACUCUUCUGUUUGUUAUUGUCACAUUGGAAAAAGAUGUAUUUGGCGCAGUGUUUUAGACUUAAGUUGAUAAUUUGAGAGGAAACCUUAGGGUUGAUAGCAUCCAGAAUUUUGACUUGAUUAUUGUCAACUGCAGCAGUUAUUGAUCAAUUAGUAAGCUACUUUGACUUGGAGGUCAAAAAAUUGAGUCUUUGAUUUCAGGAUGUGUUACUGAGAAUGUAAUCUUGGUUUUUAUCUGACUUACUAACAUUAUAGAAUCUAAAAUCACAAGCCAGGAUUAUGAUGUGUUUACCAGACCUUCAGCUGCUAAAGAUUUUACAAAAUCAACCAUGUAGGAUGUGCUUGAUGUGAUUGGCUACUUCAUUUUUAUUUAACAUAGAGCCAUUUUUAAGUUCCUCAUUUCAUAUUUAGUGACUUAAAUACGGCAACUUGGAGAGCUGAUUUGUGUAUGGAAUUGAUUUAACUUAGGAAAAAUUGUCUAUUGAGCACUCCAAAGUUACAAAAUGUGUCAUUAUGUCAUUAUUAUUAUUAUUAUUAUUAUUAUUUCAAUACUAUACAUUUGCUGGUUUGUGGUACAUGACUUAUCAUUUUUGUGGCAAAACUAGACAGAUAAUCGUUUUCAUUUCUUCUCAAAGGACAAGUAUCCUUUAGAGCCUUAUGGUUUUAUCUUACCCUUUAAAAGUAGAGUGUGAAAUUAAGACUCUGAAUGCAUCUUGACAGUCUACAGGGUAACCAAAGUUUUUAAAAAUUAUCUGCAAAUAUGUUGAAAAUGUAACUAUGGAUGCCACCAUUUUAAAUUUGGCUUAGUAGUGGCAUUACUGUUAACCUGUAAUAUGUAGACCCCAGCAUACAAGGCCACUGCACUCAAACCUAAUCACAGAUUGUUGUUGAAACAGUCAUAUUGAGUGGUUCAUUUUUCUCCUUUCAGAAAACUGCAUUGCUUGUUUGAUAAUUUAAAGUAUUGAGGGGUGUAGAGUAUUGUUAGAUUUUAAAUUCUGCUAUUUAUUGACUUGGACUAGUGAUAAAAAUUAUUCUGAACAUGAAUUCAUUAAUCUCUCUUUAGAGGAUGUGCUUAAACAAGACAAUGGAGAGUGUGUUAUAUGUCUGGAAGACUUGAGUAUAGGUAUGAGAUGUUUCUUGUAAACUGCAAAUCAAAUUGUGUUUAGAAAUCAUUCAUUUUACCAGUAAAAUGAAGAUAGCCUUUUAUAAGGCUCUGUUAAAAAUAAGCAGCUAUGCAGUAGCGAUUUGAAGGCUAUUUAUCUCUUUGUGGAACAUAAAGACUAUUGAAAUAAUAACUUUGUCAAUCCUCUGUUAGUCCUCUUCAUUAUCAUCCCAGUCAAUAGCAAUGUCCAGUUUGUCUUCUUUAAAGUGACUGUUGUCUGUCCAGUAUUCCACUUUUGUUAUAAAUUUUGUUAAAGAAUUGGCUGGGAAAGCAGACUUCAGCACUAGGUUCUGGUAACAAAGUGUAAUCCUUUCAUUUUCAAGAUAUGAAGACUGAUUCCCCCAACUGAUGAGUGAAUAGCUGUAGGUUUCAUUUUCAGCAACAUGUAGUCAUGAGAAUUUUGUGUUAAAUACCAACAGGUUUUCUCCUAAUUUUUAAACUACAUUUGCUUUAUACUUGUCACAAAAUUAUGACAAGAAUAUGACCACUUUAGGGAGUGAAAGGGUUGAAUUUUCAGAGGUGUAGUGUGUAGCAUGAAAAAAUAGUUUUGGCAUCAAUUUCCUCAGAAAACAAUUUCUGUAUAUCUUUCUUUGUUAAUGCAUUUGUUUAUUUAUUUACUUAUGUUUCUGGCAGGUGAUACUAUAGCAAGGCUGCCUUGUUUGUGUGUAUAUCAUAAGAGGUACACCAUGUUUUUCUUGAGAAGUAUAAUAGUAAUUUAUGUCAGGUAUUAGGCUAAUGGAAAAAGGCACAUGUUAUUCUAACAAUUUACAAUUUUUCUUGUUGUGAAUUAAGAACAAAGAUACUUGUAUGAAUGUAAGAUUUCUGUAAGAAUAUUUCUCAAUUCUUUUUUUUCCAUUUAUCCUUUUACUCCCAAGAUCUGAUUGAUCAUUCUCCCCCCCUCCCCUCUCCAGCUGCUUCACAUUUCUGAGUAAAUUAUUUAUGAGGAUUUGGUGUUAUAUCAAGUGAAACACUUGGAUCUGAUAAGUUUUAGUGUUCUCAAUACCCGCUUUCUAGAUAAUGUGUGGAUAUUCCUCUUCAUGUUAUACUCACUUUCUGUCUGUCUUUUUUGCUUUGUUUUACAGUUGUAUUGACAAUUGGUUCCAGGUGAACAGGUCAUGUCCUGAACAUCCAACAAAUUAGUAAUGUGAGUUUUAUUUAACAAUUGGUUCAUACUUAGGGUGUGUACAUGGAGCUAAGGAUGCACACGGAAAGUUUAGUGAGCAUGAGAGAAGCAUAUGAGCUACUUGUUGGGGUCAUUUGUGAUGUUCACUUUGGGAAAACAGUGCCUACAUGUAAUCCUUGCUUCAGGAUAUCAAAAGGUUCUAGCAAACUCUCUUUCUUCCCCUGGGUGUGUCCUUAAAAAGGUUUGAUGAAAUUGAGAAAGUGUGGAGUCAGAUUCAUGAAUUAAUGAAAAGAGUAGGCAAUGGCUGCCAGCCAUACUUUUGAAUGCCCAAAUGUAUUUAUUUAGUACUGUUGUGUGAAGCUUGCUUUUCUUAUAAUCAUUCUGCUCAAGGUAACUGGCCCUAUCAGACAUCUCAACAUAUGUCUGGGUGAUGGAGACAAUCUUAGAAAUACUCUGAAAUCAUAAAAAUUAUAUGACCCUCUGAGCAAGGAGAUACCUAAUCAUAAACUUGGCUGUCAUGUGAUUCAAGGUGUGGGAAUUGAUGCUGGAUCACAGUGGCAGAAAGUGAGCCCCUUUGCCACCGUGACAUAAAAGUUUGUACUUGUUAGCAACGUAGCAAAUUAAAGGUAGUCUCCUGCAUUUGAAAAUAACUAUAGUAAUAUAAGUAAUUUUUUGCUUAAAGUGAUAUAUUUUUUUUCUAGGCUAUGCACUUUCCUCAAGAAUUUGCAGAAUAUAACAAGUUUACAGUAGCUUAGGUAUUGUGGUGUUUUCAAACAGCAUUGGAAUUUGGAUCAUUAGGAGAAGAAGCUGAUUUGCUGUUUAUUGAAAGUAGAUGAUUUUUUUUGUUAUUGAAACCUGUGCUGAAGGCAAUCCAGUUCAACCUCAAUCCCAUGGCAGCAAAAUGUUUUGGCAACAUUUUUGAUUAAUGGGGAGCACUAAAUUUGGUUUCUUAAAUUAUGUUCUACAACUGUGUGCUACAAGAGGCCUUUUGUAGGAAAGGUGGAAAGCAAAUAAUAUAUUUUCUGGACUACAACUAAAACACUUUUUUUAGAAUACUUGCAACUUUUAGGAAAUAGAUAAGACUGUUUCCUUGUUUUAUAAAUUCAGUGGAUAAAAUGUUGUGUAUUAUUGGUAUUGCAUGAGGUAGGCCCUUCACAAAAUUAUUAGGUUAAAUCAUAUCAUUCACGAGUAGCACACAAAAAAAGUUGUUGUCUUGCUGUGUUGUGGUUUUGCAAUAAGAACAGUGUUGUUGCUUUUUGGCUGUACAGCAGCUGAAUAUUAUUUUAACAUGUAGAUGUAUAUGUAGAUAUAUUUUAGUAACUAUAAUUGCUAUUCUUAUAGAUUUAAAAUUGAUAUGUGACACAAUUCUAUGAUCAGGACUACCACUCAUUUUGCUGUUCCCUGAAGAAAAGCUUUUAAAAUUCCAAACAUCCUCAUGAGGCAUUAAGAUAGGUAACACUAGAAGGCCAUUGCUACAAGGUACAAAUUAUCAUCAGUUGGCAAUAUUUUCAGGUUAUAUUUCUUUGGCUAUAUCUGAUCAUUUGUUGCUUCUCAGGUGCAAUUAUAAAUGCCAUUUGUUUCAUCUGUUAUGUACAAUUUCUAUUUUAUUUCAUGUUACGCUUCAUCAAUCUGUGAUUUUUAAACAAUUAUAGAAAAAAAUUUCACUCUAAAGAAUUUAAACAAUGCUGAGUGGAGGUAAAAUUGUUGAAUUUUUUCCUGUUGAUUUAUUAAUUACAGAACAGGUAUUUUAUUUUUGUAUUUAAAACAUUGUUUUUAAAAAAUCCCCAAUGAAGACCCCUUUGACCACUGAGAUUGACUGGCAUCUCCCUACAAUAUCACCCCUGAAUCAGACAUUAAAGUAACAAGAGUGAAGGAAAUCAGCACCAUAUAAGGGAGCUCUUGAUUUUUAAACAAAUUCUCCUUGUCAGCACCUUAGGAAAUGUAUGUAGAACAGUAUGGAGAAUAUAUACAAUGACGUUAGGGUGUGAAGGGUUAAGAAACUAAACAUGGUGGUACCUGUACUAGAAAAAGCAAUAAGUAGCAAUAGGUCUGAUGCUUUGAACUUGAAUGGCAUACUUAGCAAGCUUCUUCAGGGUGAACUAAGAAAAGGGGUUAGAUUUUAAGGGGCAAUAGCAUAAGUAUUUCUCAAACUGGAAAACUACUAUAAGCUGAAAUGGCAAGGCUUAAGAAAAAACAACGAAAUGUUUAAAAAUCACAAACUGAAUGUCAUAAAAUAGGAAAGCUAAAAAUUGCAAUUUAUUAUGAAAGUAAAGAUAUGAAGUGUUUAAACUGCAGAACUAAUGUCAUAGCUCACCAAAGCUGAAGAACUCUUCACCCCAUAGCCUGGUUCAUAGAAAUGUUAAGGUCACUUUCUGCACUCCUGCCAUAAGAAAGUAAAUUUUGACUGUCCAAGAAUCUUGCUUUGUGCUUCUACUCUCUAGUCAUCCUGUGCCUUAGCUUCAGCAAUUGUUUGACAGGUCAUGUUAUCUCUUUGCUUUGUUAUUCCACUUCAAUAUUUCACUAGUUGUUUAAAUAGGUCGCGUAUAGCAUUGCAUGCAAUGAGUUGACCAUUGAAAUAUAAAUAAUUUGCAAUAUCAUUUGAAAUUUCCUUUUCUCUCCAGUGAUUCCUCUCUCUUCAGAUACAAUGGUUGAAAUAUGUUCUUGAGUAAUUUUCUCUUUGUUUUACAAUACAGUUCACAUUAUUUUGGAUUCAUUCAGCGGGCUUCCUAUAAGAUAGCUUUUAGGGAAGUGAAGCACAUUUCCUUGAGAGAAUUAACCGCAGUUUAAUAAAGGAAGCUGUAGUUGCUAAAGCUUACAACAAAAGCUUGGAUCAGUUGAUAAAUAUCUGUCAAUUAAUAACGUGGCAUAACUCAUUCAGGAUAAUUGAUAAAGUAAACCACCACAACAACCAAACUCAAACAUUUCCGAUUCAUUCCACAGAGUUUAAUGAAACGUCAAAGUAUCUUUAUCUCAGUGCUGUGUAUAGCAGAGAGGCUUUUUAAUUUUAGCAGAUAUUUACUUGUAUAUAGUUAGACCCCAGAUUUGUUGAGUGUUAUCCACUAGUUAUUGUACAUUAAAUAAUGUACCUCGUGUAGGCAUAAUGCAUUUAGUAACAUGUUUUAAAAGGUGCUUUUAAACGAUGGUUAAAUUAUUGUGCAAUCUAGUUAAAUUUUCAGAAGAUAAUUAAAAAUAAUUGCUAUUGCUUUGGCUUCUGGAAUGUAAAAAAUAAAGGAAAC